AUGGCUGCACAAACCAGUCACACACAACAGCUCAAUCCCCCUCACAUACACACGGCAUACCUGCUGGUGGUUCAAGAGAAAUAUGCUUUUCAUACAACAUAUACCCAGCAUUGUCUGCAGGCGGUGGAGAGGUUACAGUCUCGCUUGAAAGAAAAGAGAGCAGAUGUUCCUGCUGAGGAGAAGCUGAAUCUUCUGAAGGUGGUCCUACAGAGUCCUCUGUUUCACCAGAUCCUCGCCCUGCAGAAAUCAGUGCAGCAUCUGAAGGAGCAUACUCCAUAUAUUAACUCUGAUCUGAAGGGCAGCACUGAAGGAUUCUCAGCUCAGCUCAAUGGACAAACUUCAUCUGAAGAGUACAAACACAUCAUCCGCUCCAUGGCUCAGGGUCGGUACGUGACUCAAAUCGACCUGCUGAAGCCGGUAUCGGGCGGUUUGGGCUUCAGUGUUGUUGGCUUGUGUAGUGUGAACCGUGGAGAACUUGGCAUCUUUAUUCAGGAGAUUCAGGCUGGAAGUGUGGCAUACAGCGAUGGAAAACUAAAGGAGGGAGAUCAGAUACUGGCGAUUAACGGUCAGCUGUUAGAUCAGAGCGUCAGUCACCAGCAGGCCAUCAUUCUCCUGCAGCAAGCGUCGGACCGCGUGAGCCUCACUGUUGCCCGUGGGCCUGUCCCGCAGCUCUCCAGCCCAGUCGUGUCCAGGACUCUCAGUGCUGCUAGCACACUUUCAGCACACUCCAGUGCGACCCACUGGACUCACGUGGAGACGAUCGAGCUGGUGAACGAUGGAACCGGUUUGGGCUUCGGGAUUGUUGGUGGUAAAACCACCGGCGUUAUUGUCAAAACCAUCCUACCUGGAGGCAUCGCUGACCAGGACGGUCGCUUGCGCAGUGGGGAUCACGUCCUGCGGAUCGGUGAUACGGAUCUGUUUGGUCUGAGCAGUGAGCAGGUUGCUCAAGUGUUGAAACAAUGCGGAAACAGAGUCCGACUCCUCAUCAGCCGCGGGACAGCGGAUGAUGCUCCUCCCACUCCUGUCACCCUGCCGACCGUCACUGAGCAACAGGGUUUUGAGGAAGAGGAGCAGGGCUCUUUCGAUGUGAGCUUGACGAAGAACGCUCAGGGUUUAGGCAUCACCAUCGCGGGGUAUGUGGGUGACAAAACCUCAGGAACGACUCUUGACUGUGUGUUUGGUUUUGAGGAAGAGGAGCAGGGCUCUUUCGAUGUGAGCUUGACGAAGAACGCUCAGGGUUUAGGCAUCACCAUCGCGGGGUAUGUGGGUGACAAAACCUCAGACUCGCACAUCACUGAUGCCCCUGUGUUUUCAUGUCUAGAUGAGAGAGUGUUUCUCACUCCAGAGGAAAAUGCCAAACCUCAGCCUGACGGUCCUGAGGAGGAGCACACACUAAUGCAGAAGUGGCAGAAUGAGCUCGGCGUCUGCACUGAAGUCAUUGUGGCUCAAGUGGAGAAGUUCAGUGAGAACAGCGGUUUAGGGAUCAGUCUGGACGUGUGUGCCGGCCGUCACAUCCUCCGCUCAGUGCUUCCUGAGGGACCCGUCGGGCGAUCGGGAAAAAUCUGUAGUGGAGACGAACUGCUAGAGGUGAACGGCAUUGCCCUCAGAGGAGAGACUCAUAAAGAGGUUGUUGACAUUCUGAAAGAACUUCCUGUUUCUGUGACCAUGGUCUGCUGUAGACCCGCCCCUCUAAUGACUGACAGCCAAACUGACCAACCACGGCCACAGGAUAUGGCCACUGAUUCCAUCGUUCAGGUGCCGGGUGAGUUUGAGGAUUUCCUGGUCUCUGGCGAAUCAGAGGACAGCCUGAAAGAUCAUGUGACUGAAGAGCCCACCGGAACGCCGUUAGCGAUGUGGGAAACGGAGAUUCAGGACAUCGAACUAGAGAAAGGAGAGAGCGGACUGGGCUUCAGCAUUCUGGAUUAUCAGGACCCAAUGGACCCACUCAAGACGGUGAUUGUGAUUAGGUCGUUAGUUCCCGAUGGCAUAGCGGAGCGAGAUGGACGCUUGUUGCCAGGAGACCGUCUCAUGUAUGUCAACAACAUCAACCUGGAGAGCGCCAGUUUGGAAGAAGCAGUGCAGGCUCUUAAGGGAGCAAACAUGGGAGCCGUAAACAUCGGGGUGGCCAAACCACUGCCUACUGAGGAUGAGGAUGGCUCUUCCUCCUUCAUCUUCUCGGCUCUGCUGCUGACGGAGGGCUGUGAUGGUGAUGAGGAGGAUGAAGCUGUGUUCCGCGCUGAACCUGCAGUGAUCGACUCUAGUGAUUUAGACCUGUCUGAUGAAAAGGCUUUUGAGCGUCAUUUUCUGGAGGAGGAGGACGAGAUGCUGCAGUCGAUGAUCGCUGAGCAUGGCAGUAUCUGCAGCGCUGAUCUGACCUAUCAGAUGAACAGACCCGCCUCCACACCGAAGGAGGAGGAUUUGCUUCCAGAUGAGCCCGCAGACGAGGCCCAGCAGCUAAACGCCGCGGCGGGGAGCAGCUUCGAGAGGACCAUCACUGUGGUCAAGGGCAACUCCAGUCUAGGCAUGACAGUGUGCGCGCUGAAGGACGGGCCCGGGAUGCUGAUCCGCAGCAUCAUUCACGGCGGCUCCAUCAGCAGAGACGGCCGGCUCGGGGUCGGGGACCUGAUUCUGGCCAUCAACGGAGAACCGACAGGAAACCUGACCAACGCUCAGGCGCGAGCCGUGCUGCGCAAACACUCUCUGAUCAGACCAGACCUGGGAAUCACGUAUGUUCCUGCAGAAUAUUUAGAGGAAUACAGGGCGAGCCAGCAGCUCCAGAGUGAUGAUCUCUCUGAUGGCAAAAAUAACACUCAACAUCAGAUGGCCUCAGAUCUUCCAGAGAGAGAAGAUGGAGAGGGACAGGAGAGUGAACGACAGACAGCAGCUUCCAACAGCUGGAAUCUACCACGGAGAGUGGAGUUGCACAGGGAAGCUGGGAAAUCUCUGGGCAUCAGCAUUGUUGGUGGGCGGGGCAUGGGCAGUCGCCUUAGCAACGGGGAAGUGAUGCGGGGCAUCUUUAUUAAACACAUCCUGGAGGACAGUCCAGCGGGACGCAACGGCACACUGAAAACAGGAGACAGGAUUUUAGAGGUGGGCGGAGUGGAUCUGCGUGAUGCCAGUCAUGAGCAGGCGGUGGAGGCCAUCCGUAACGCUGCAAACCCCGUGGUGUUCGUGGUGCAGAGCAUCAUUUACAGAGACCGAAAACCUCCCGAAGCCCUGCUACAGCUGAAGCACUCAGAGCAACCCCUCCAUCCUUACCCCGAAUCCUGCUUUACAUACAAACCGCUACAGUGCCAGACAUCUGCGCUGGAUGCAGUGGAAGACAUUUCAGCCUUCGAUCUGAAGAGCAGCGGUGAGAAGGCCGUUGACACUCACAGUAGACCUUUCCUCCGUCUGUGUCCGACUAAUCCUUUCACUCCUACACCGUUUAAGCUGAAUCGAGAGGAGGGGAAAAGCUUCCUGUCGGCACCCGUCCUGUCGCUGCCUGUCGUUCCACAUGUCGGGGAAACAGAUUCGGACACGCUGACUGAGAUUCCCGACAGACUCGUUCUUCAUAACGACGGUGCUGAUGAGGAAGAGGAGGAUGAGUACGGAUACAGCUGGAGUGAGUCUCACGUUCGCUGUAACACACAGCAGCCAGCAGAGGGUACCGAUCACACUGACUCUCACUGGACUAGAUUCAGAGAGAGACACUGUACACUGCAAAUAAACGGUCAGGUUCUGUACGGCCGCAGUCAUCAGAACGCCUCUGCCAUCAUUAAAAGCGCCCCUUCAAAGGUCAAGAUCAUCUUCAUCCGGAACAGAGAUGCUUUGAGUCAGAUGGCUGUCGGGCCGAUGAAGGAGACGGACUCACCGGACUCACACACAGAGACUGAGACGCCCAGCUCAACACUAGACGUGGUCCAGCACAUAACUCUUCCUGUGGAGGAUGGAGGGCUGGGUUUGGUCCUGAAGGAGGAUGACAGCAGGAGCGGAUGCAUCAUUCAGCGUCUGGAUGAGAACGGAGCGGCUGGAAGGGUGAUGUCACUGCUGCAGAAAACCCAGCACUCAGUGAAACUCACCAUCUGCACCGACUCCGCCUCCCAACCCUCCUCAUCCAAUCAGAUUAGCUCGGGAUCAGUCGCUGGAAGCAGCCUUCCGCUGGUUUCUCAGACAUCAUCAGAGACAGAGCCAAUCAGGAAUUCGAGCAGAUGCUCCACACCGGCGACUUUGGCGUGUGAUCCGGCGACGUGUCCCAUCAUCCCCGGCUGUGAGACCACUAUAGAGAUCAGCAAGGGCAGAACAGGACUGGGGCUGAGCAUCGUGGGCGGCUGUGACACGCUGCUGGGCACUAUAAUAAUUCACGAGGUGUACGAGGAGGGAGCCACGUCUAAAGACGGCCGUCUGUGGGCAGGAGACCAGAUUCUGGAGGUGAGCGGUGUAGAUCUGCGUGUGGCGACGCACGACGAGGCCAUCAAUGUUUUGCGGCAGACUCCGCAGCGCGUUCGUCUGGUGGUCUUCAGAGACGAGGGUCCGUAUAAGGAGGAGGAGCUGUGGGACUCGCUGAGCGUCGAGCUUCAGAAGAAACCAGGCCACGGCCUCGGACUCAGCAUCAUCGGGAGAAGGAGCGACACAGGGGUGUUCGUGUCGGACAUUGUGAAGGGUGGAGCGGUGGAGACAGACGGACGGCUGAUGCAGGGAGAUCAGAUCCUCUCGGUUAACGGCGAGGACGUUCGUUCAGCCACUCAAGAGUAUGUGGCCGCGCUGCUCAAGAGUUGUGCCGGUCCAAUCAGAUUGGAGGUGGGUCGUUUUAAGGCGGGGCCUUUCCACUCGGAGCGCCGUCUGUCUCAGAGCAGUCAGAUCAGCGAGACGGGCAGCGGGAAAGUCACUGCUGCUUUACAGGGAGACACCGAGAAAACAUACGGAUUGCUGGAUAGAGACGUCAGGACGGUUGAAUUCACAAAGGGCCCGUCAGACUCUCUGGGCAUCAGUAUAGCAGGAGGGGUCGGCAGUCCUCUGGGUGAUGUGCCCAUAUUCAUCGCCAUGAUGAACCCCAGCGGUCUGGCAGCUCAGACGCAGAAACUCUGGAUUGGAGACAGGAUUGUAUCUAUCUGUGGAGACUCGACUGAGGGAAUGACUCACAAUAAAGCUGUUUCACUGCUGAAGAACACGACAGGCAUCAUUCAACUACAGGUCGUUGCUGGCGAUACAACAGUGACUGGACCGUCAGCAGAGCAGACAGCAGGACUCACAGCCAGCAGCAUUUUUCACGAUGACCUGGGUCCUCCGCAGUGUAAGAGCAUUAGUUUGGAGCGAGGUAUUGGAUUUCACUACAAACACAAAUAA